AUGUCAUAUCCAUACGCAGCUCCUCCUAUACCGUGGAACUCGAGACCACAGGUAGACGCUCGCAGACCCUCUCAGCCAGCAAUCACAGCGAAUAUUUCUAACAUUAUGUACAAAAACGCCGUGUACUAUCCCAACUAUCGAGUCUAUCGUGGCGAGACACCUGCGUCGCUGAACUACGGCUGUAUCAGUCAUGUCUUCUAUGCUUUUGCUCACGUUGGCCCAGAUGGUGGAGUUUUUUUGAGUGAUGAAUGGGCAGAUAUGCAAAUGCCCGUCGACGGUGCCACUGGCUGCCUAGGGUCGUUUAUGCGUUUGAAACAAGAGCAUGCGCAUUUAAAGCUCAUUAUCUCUGUAGGUGGCGGUGCAGCUAGUCAUAAUUUUGAACAAGUUGCUGCUUCAGCUGUGACAAGAGAUCACUUUGGAAAGUCAGUCCGAGGUCUCGUUGAUGCAACAGGUUUUCAUGGUAUCGACAUCGACUGGGAACAUCCAUCAGAUGGCGAACAAGGUCAAAAUUUCCUUGCUCUCCUCGCUGCUGUUCGGCUUCAUCUGCCCGAUGAAAGAUAUUUGUUGACGGCUGCUUUACCUGCUGGGCAAUGGGCUCUGCAACACAUCGACCUUUAUAAAGCUCAGGAUUAUCUAGAUCUAAUCAAUCUUAUGGCUUACGACUUCUCUGGUCCAUGGUCCCAAAACGCAGGACACCACGCUCAACUUCAUCCUGGAAAUAUACCUGAUGCAGCAAGUGGAAGCGCUGCGAUAGAUUACGUUAUAUCGACUGGAUUCCCUGCUUCCAAGAUACUACUUGGGGUUCCAGUAUACGGAAGAUCCUUCCUAAACACAAGAGGACCAGGGCACCCGUAUCAGGGUUGCGGUGGAGAAGAUGGAACGUUCGAGUAUAAGUCGUUACCAAGGCCAGGAACUCAAGAGAUAGUUGAUACUACCACUGUUUCAGCUUCUUGCUUUGGAGACGAUGGAGGAUUCAUCUCUUACGACAACCCACAAACGGUCAAGAUGAAGGCUGAAUACUGCAGGCAGAGGCGUCUCGGAGGAUUGUUUUACUGGACAGGGACGGCAGAUGCGCCAGGUCCAAGAAGCUUGAUAUCAUCUGGAUUCAAAGCUUUGCAUGAUUCAUAG